AUGCGAUGUCAAGCCAAUCACGAAAUAUUUGUAAAUGAAACAUGCUAUUUAAAAGCCGUAAAUAAGUAUAAAGUUUUUGCAAACAUUCAGGCUGAUAUUGUUAAAGAAAUAACAGAGCUUACGGUUACUCUAAGAUCAUACACAAGAUUAAAUGGUUGGAAACCUUGGAUUAUUGCUGGAACUAUGGACAUUUGCAGUAUUUUAGCUGGUAAAUUCAAUCCAAUUUUUAAAAUGGUUAAAAAUGUUCUAAACAAAACUACAAAUAUCAAUCACACAUGUCCAUAUUCGGGACGUAUUAUUGGCAAAAAUAUGGAAUUAGAACAUUUGAAUUUUGGAGGUUCCAUUUUACCAAGGGGCAUAUACCGAUUUGUGUUUACUGGAUAUAGAGAAGUAUUUUAUUUUAAUUUAACUUUGGAUUUCGAAGUGGUUAAAAAAUCAUCAUCACUAUCAACUUAUCGAAAUAAUAUUUGUUUCUAA